UCUGGCAAGUUCUUAUUGAGAGGGUUGGCCACUCAGACCGCCAGAUCCGCCUUCAUCAGACCGGCUUUCCGCGCCACCCCAAUGACCCCUGUUGCCCGUUCUGUUGCUUCUCGUGCUGCCGUCAGAUCCUACUCUGUUAUCUCUCCUGAAUCUGUUGCAAAGCUCUACAACUUCGAGCAGAUGCAGAAGGUUGUUACCGCUGCCUCUCCAGACGUUGUUUUGGUCGAUGUCCGCGAGCCAUCUGAGUUCGAGGCUGGCCACAUCCCAGGUGCCGUCAACAUCCCAUACAAGAGUUCCCCUGGCGCCUUGGAUUUGAGAGCCGAGGACUUCCAGGAUCUCUUUAACUUUGAUAAGCCAGCUAAGGACAAGGAGUUAAUCUUCUAUUGCCUUGGUGGUGUCAGAUCCUCUGCCGCCGAAGAGUUGGCCAACACCUUUGGUUAUGAAAACAGGGGCAACUAUCUCGGCAGUUUUGAAGAAUGGUCCAGGUUGGGUGGUGAUGUCGUCGCCCCGCAUCCAGUUGAGGCUGAAGAAACCAAGGCCAAGUUGUAAGCACACUGCUCCCCUCCCUCCCCUAAUGUACUUAUCCACAAUCCCCGACAAUUGGCCUUGCCUUUUGCCAUCUGUUAUAAAUAAUUAAUAUCUCUACAAGUAAACCCACCCACCCAGGAAAUUUAAGUGGAUUGUAAAGUAGUAAGAUAGAGAUAUGGCGUAUGGAGUUCUAGAUGUCAAGAUCACUCAUAGAGGAGGUUCUGAGGGAUACCGGGGCUUGUCCGAUAUACUGUGAUUAAAUGUGUGAUCGUAUCAAUCCCUCUGGGAUUCCUGUUUACUUACUUUUAGUGACCAUGCUGGAGUUAUUAGUUUCUUGUUCCUUUCAUUUAAUACUUGAGAGUUGGGUGAGCGCCAAAAGGUCUCGAAGUGGCGCACGCCGCUGUCUCGUGUUUGAUGGCACGCUUAAAUAGAUGUCCUAUCA